GCGGUACUCAGUGACAUGAUUUCAGACCUAUGGCUGCUGGCUUUACUUGCACUCAGCGUUAAUGCCAUAUAUGAAGAUCAGGUUGACGUUCUAGAUUGGAAUCAAAAGUUCGUGGGGAAAGUAAAGUAUUCAAAAUUAAAGUUUGAUGGGACUACCCCUAAAAACUAUUUUGUGGGUUCUGAACUCAACGUUAUUAGCUCUAUCAAUUUAAAGGAUGGGUCAAUUGUUUGGCGACAGGUACUUGACGAGGACGGUGAAUUAACUGGAUUUGAAUUGUGUGGCAAUAAGUUGUUUUCUCUUUCCUCCAAGCAUGGGACUAAGCUGCGUGCUUGGGACAUUAAGUUUGGUGGUGUUUUAUGGGAGAUUUUAAUAGAUUCUUCUGAAUCAUCCAGUGGCGACAUUUGGUGUGAUGAAAACUCAGGAAUUUUGGUUGUUGCUUACGAUAAAGGAGUGGAUACCUAUCGUCUUCAAACAGGUGAAAAGCUUCUAUCUGAUAGAAAUAUGAAUUCAAGUUCUCCUAUUCAAAUAAAUAUAGUUUCUGGGAAAACUGAAUCCAGUUCGACAAUAUCACUAGUCGAAAAAUAUCUGGAUAAGAGUGCUCAUCUGGAUAUUGAUACACCUGAAUUAUCUUAUAUAAUUAUCAAAACAUAUCCAAUUUCAAGUUCUGGAUUGCAAUUAACCCCUAUGGUCAUAAAGAACCACACGAUUCAGUCGUCUGUUUAUAGCCAACACUCGUGCAAUAUAUUCGGGUUACAUAACACACCAACUGAUGCCGUCGUUGUGUGUUUAUCGUCGGGGCGUGGUAGACAGGGAAGCGUGCUUAGAUUUUCAUCUGUUUCAUCGUCGAAUUGGGACGUUAUCACAGUGAAAAGCACCUUUGAAAAUAUGGUUAAGCUAACAGACAAUGAUUUUCUGUUAACCUCUUCAUCGUUGGAGCCUACCACUGGGGCCGUAUAUCAUUUAGAUCCCUCUGGUAUUCCAGUUGUAAAAUACUUUGUCAAUAAUGCUAUGAUUGGAUGUUUGGGAACGCUAAAUGGUCGAUCGUAUUUAUUUACACUUCAUCACAAUUCAAGUCAGGAUUUUAAGAAUCUGGCUCUUAACAUCUAUGAUUUAGAAUCUGGUGAAUUAUCCAAAGAACUACCACCUCGUCAUUUCACUCUUGCUGGUCAUCAUGGUACAAUUGAAUCAAUAUCUGUUAUCAUGUUUACUGAUGCUACUGGUGCUCCGAGUUUUCGAUUAUUACUACAUACAGAAGAUGAUGCUGUACAACUAAUCCGACAAAAUGGUAAACAACAAUGGAUUCGUGAAGAGGCGUUAGCAAACAUAGUUGCUGUUGAAGUAAUCGAUUUGCCUGUUUCAGAGUUUCAAGCGAAAAUUGAAGAAGAGUUUAAUCAUGCAAGCAACAACAUUCUGGAAAUGUUUAUUCAACGCUUAAAAACACAAAUGUCUCAAUUAGUUGUAUGGACGAAACAUUGGAUUUCUAACAUGCCAAAUUUAUUCAUGACUAUACUGUCGUCAUCGAAAUUAACCACUUCACUUUUCAAGUAUUCACCCAAUGGUGAUCUAUCAAAACGUAGAGUGCUACCAUCAUCUUCUCCUUCUUCACAUGACUAUUCAUCAAAUGAUCCAUCAUCUUUGUCAAGUUUUUCACAUAGUUUUCCACCUAGAUGGCAAUUCUCAUCACAAAUUCCUUCUCUACACAUCAAUAAUACUAUUGACAAUGUAGAUGGCGAUAAGCUAAAUUUUUAUAAAUCAUCUGAAAUAGAUCCCAAAAUAACGUCAUGGGAUGAAAAACUUACACGUGAUAAUUUCAAUGUUCAUAAAAUGUUGGUUGUAGCUACUUCAGUUGGAAAACUGUUUGGUUUAGAAAGUGAACGUGGACGUAUUGUUUGGGAUUAUUUUGUCCCAUCUGCAAAACUUUUAGCUAAUGGAAAGCUUGCCCUCUUCCAACAGCGUAAUUUGGCUCAUUUUCCUUUACCACCUAUCAUGUCACUUUUAUUUCGAUCAAAGAUUACAAAUCGACGGGUACUUUUCCCAUUCAAUCCAAUUACUGGUGUUCCAUCGCAUGAAAAAGGUAUGGAUUUGUAUGCAUUGAAAUCGGAUAUUAUUCAAACUGUCUUGGAACCUGGUUCUUUAAGCGAACGAUGUGAAUUUAUUAGACCUUUGUUGUUGUUGAGGGCCGAUUUAGACGUUGAAGUUUAUCCAUCUACUUGUGCCGCUACAUAUUCAUCAUCGGAUUCACAGCCUUUAUAUAUUUUUACUAUUGAAAGUGAACAAGCUCGUCUUACCGGUUAUCGGAUAGAUCCGGUAUCUUCAGAUGGUAAAUCUUUAAAAGCUACACGUGUCUGGCGAAUGUUAUUGAGUCCUGAUUCUAGUCCAGCUAACAAGCACAUCAUUGUCUCUGCAGCUUCACGUCCACCUUCUGAACAUAUUUAUUCAGUUGGUCGAGUAUUGGGUGAUAGAAGUGUUCUUUAUAAAUAUUUAAAUCCUAACCUCAUUGCAGUACUUACUAUUGGUGGUGAUAUCAGCAGUCAUACAAAUUCUCUGGUAAUUUAUUUAAUUGAUGUUGUAGCUGGUCGAAUAUUGUAUAGUGCUGUACAUCGUCGAUGUUCUGAACCUAUUAGUCUAGUGCAUUCAGAGAAUUGGAUUAUUUAUACUUAUUAUAAUCAUAAAUCAUUACGCAAUGAAGCCACCGUUAUUGAAUUAUAUGAACCGACUAAAUUAUCCGGGGAAUUAUGUGCUAGUCAGUCAAUUCCAAGCCCUUGGCAAUUAUUUCUCAGCAAUCUUAUUCCUUCAUGGCUGUUAUCUAAUCCAAGUUCAUCAAAAGGAUCUGGUGAUUUAUCGGGUUUUUCACGUUUCUCAUCUUUGUUCCGUGCUAGUGAUGUUGAUGGUUUUUGUGGUUCAACUGGUGAAAAUUCUUUAAUACCUCAAGUUCUACAACAAUCUUACAUACUGAACACUCCACCACGUAGUGGUGCAGUGACUGUUUCAGUUACUGAGAGAGGAAUUACCGCUAAGAAUAUAAUUCUGGCUUUACAGAGAAAUAGUCUAAUUGAACUCCCGAAAUCAUUUUUCGAUCCCCGUCGUAGUUUGGAUAUGACAUCUGAACUAAUGGAAGAAGGUGUUCACCCUUAUGCUCCUGUACUACCAUUUUCCGAUCAAGCUAUGAUUACAUAUAAUCAAUCAAUUAUGCGAAUUCGAGCUAUUCGUACAGCACCUACCGGUUUAGAGUCCACUGGAUUAGUAUUUGCAUAUGGAUUAGAUUUGUUUUUCACUCGAAUAUCACCUUCACAAACAUAUGAUUUACUUAAAGAAGAUUUCGACUAUACUGCAAUAGCUACUGUCACAUUAGGAAUGAUAAUUGCUUCCAUCGUAUCAUGUCGUUUAGCCACAAGACGGGCAAUUCUUAGAGCUUGGGCUUAAUUUCUAGUUCAUAUAGAUUUAUUUGAU